GCCCCCGCCCAAGGCCCCGCCCACUCAGGUUGAUGGCAGCGGCAGCUGGGACUGCAGCGGACCGCGGCCCUGGAGAGCCUCAGGCAGCGGCCCGAGCCUGACACCCGGGCCCCAGACACCCAGAGAGGCAGUUCUGGCGCCCUGACGCCUUCCUCGGCCCCCGGCGAACCACGGCCCGUUUGGCGGAGGAGUCGCAGCGUGGGCACCCCGCAGCCCGGCUCGGGACCAGCUCACAGGACUAAGGACCAAAAGCACUCUGGGCACUGAGAUCCUCCAUCUCGGCCCCAGCCAUGAGCCGGCGUGUGGUUCGGCAGAGCAAGUUCCGCCAUGUGUUUGGGCAGGCAGCAAAGGCUGACCAGGCCUACGAGGACAUCCGUGUGUCCAAGGUUACAUGGGACAGCUCCUUCUGUGCUGUCAACCCCAAAUUCUUGGCCAUUAUCGUGGAGGCUGGAGGCGGAGGUGCCUUUAUUGUCCUGCCUCUGGCCAAGACAGGAAGAGUGGAUAAGAACUACCCCCUGGUCACUGGACACACUGCUCCUGUGUUGGAUAUAGACUGGUGCCCACACAAUGACAACGUCAUCGCCAGUGCCUCAGAUGACACCACCAUCAUGGUGUGGCAGAUUCCAGACUAUACCCCUGUGCGCAACAUUACAGAACCUAUCAUCACACUUGAGGGUCACUCCAAGCGUGUGGGCAUUCUCUCCUGGCACCCUACAGCCAGGAACGUCCUGCUCAGUGCAGGUGGUGACAAUGUGAUCAUCAUCUGGAAUGUGGGCACUGGGGAGGUGCUGCUGAGCCUGGAUGAAGUGCACCCAGAUGUCAUACACAGUGUGUGCUGGAAUAGCAAUGGUAGCCUGUUAGCCACCACGUGCAAAGACAAGACCCUGCGCAUCAUUGAUCCCCGAAAGGGCCAAGUGGUGGCGGAGCGAGCCCGACCUCACGAGGGCGCCCGCCCACUGCGGGCCGUCUUCAUCGCUGACGGAAAGCUGCUCAGCACCGGCUUCAGCAGGAUGAGUGAGCGGCAACUCGCGCUCUGGGACCCGGAGAGGUUUGCAGCCCACGAGGGGAUGAGGCCCAUGCGGGCUGUCUUCACGCGCCAGGGUCAUAUCUUCACUACGGGAUUCACCCGCAUGAGCCAGCGAGAGCUGGGCCUGUGGGACCCGAACAACUUCGAAGAGCCAGUGGCACUGCAGGAGAUGGACACCAGCAACGGAGUCCUACUGCCGUUCUACGAUCCCGACUCCAGCAUUGUCUACCUGUGUGGCAAGGGAGACAGCAGCAUUCGGUACUUUGAAAUUACUGAUGAACCACCUUUCGUGCACUACCUGAACACGUUCAGCAGCAAAGAGCCGCAGCGGGGCAUGGGUUUCAUGCCCAAACGGGGGCUGGAUGUCAGCAAGUGCGAGAUCGCUAGGUUUUACAAGUUGCAUGAAAGAAAAUGUGAACCCAUCAUCAUGACUGUGCCCCGCAAGUCAGACCUGUUCCAGGACGAUCUGUACCCGGAUACACCGGGCCCAGAGCCGGCCCUAGAAGCGGAUGAAUGGCUUUCUGGCCAGGACGCCGAACCCGUGCUCAUUUCGCUGAGGGACGGCUACGUGCCUCCCAAGCACCGAGAGCUCCGAGUCACCAAGCGCAAUAUCCUGGACGUGCGCCCGCCCACCCGCCCCCCACGCAGCCAAUCGGCCAGCGACGCAUCCCUGUCGCAGCAACACACCCUGGAGACGCUGCUGGAGGAGAUCAAGGCUCUUCGCGAGCGGGUGCAGGCCCAGGAACAGCGAAUCACGGCUUUGGAGAACAUGCUCUGCGAGCUGGUGGACGGAACGGACUAGACCCGCUUGCUGGGAGGAGCUCUGCGCUCAGCUGGCUGGAUGGGGCGGGGUGAAUGGACUGGCCUUGCCAAUGCUUUAGGUCUGGGACUCCGGACCCCACCUCCCUAAGCUGGGACCAGGGAUUCAAAUAGGAAGGAAGCCCCGCCCCUCACAGGAGACCUGAACCAAAGGAGUGUCUUGCAGGGGCAGGGCUGAAUGCUUGGUCCAGGACUCAACAGGAGCUGGCCUAGGGAGGCUCAGGGUAAAGGGGGCCUCAGCAAUGGUGCUGCAUGGCGAGGUGGUGUCCCCCUCUGUCCCUCGCCCAAGGCAAGGGAAGUGCUUAGUGCGAUGCUUGGGGAUAUUAGGGGGCUUGGGCUUGAUGUCAAAUGGGUGGUCUCCCCACACUGGCCCUUCUCCUAAUCGGCUCACUUGAUUCUACCACCCCACCAGACGGACAGCACUCCAGUUCUGCAUACAGAUACAGACACAAAUCCGUUCCCCCACAGAGACCUACCCACUGGCAACAUUGUCAAUGGCGGAGAGUUCUAUUUCCACCACCAGGGGCGAGGUGAGCUUCCUCAAGACAGGCCCCUCUGGAAGAAAUCUCAUAACUGACAUGAGGAAACAGGUUCAAAACACACACACACACACACACACACACACACACACACACACACACACGCACUGCUCCCAGCCCUUUGGAGACAAAAUGAAAUCUUUUACCGAGUGCAAGUUUGGGCCUCCAGCAUCGGUGGGGGUGAGGAGAUGCCCAGCCUCUGUGAAUGUGAUUCCCCAGACUCCUGGGGAACCUAACAAAUGCAACCCUGGGCUCAGGACUCACUAGGGAACCUCUUACCCAGAGCCUUCCUCAAGGCAGGUUUGGCAGUACCUGAACCCCUACCCACUGUGGGUACUCCUCCCCAGUAAAGUCAGGUAGGAAAAGCCUC